AUUAGGUUAAGAAAGAGAAGAAAAAGAAGAAAAAUAACAUUCUCCCAUGGAUUCGAUCGUUAAGGCGGAGAUCGUCAACGCCGGCGACCCGCCGGCGUCCGCCUCCUUGCCAGCACCGGAACCACCGCGGCGUCCGUCGGAGCCCCCGGCGGUGAUCGAUCUCAGCAGCAGCGACAGCGACUCCGAGGCAGAAGAGGGCGGCGGUGGCGGGGCAAAGAGAUCUGCGGUUCCCAAUGGUUCCGACGACGGAGGGCCGUUCAAGAAGCUGCGGGCGGAGGGGGGCCUUUCCGCCGCUCUCCCUCUUGGUUUUCUUGAUCCUCUCCCCCCGGAUAUCCCCCCGCUGCUGCCGCGGCCGGUGCCGCUGGCGGUCGCGCGGCCGCUGCCGCCGGCGACGGGUUUCCAGGGGUGCAAGCAGUUUUGGAAGGCUGGGGACUACGAAGAGAGCCCGAUCGCUGAUUCCACGCCGUACUAUGCAUCAGGGAUGGAUCGUGUGAGAGUUCACCCGAAGUUUCUACAUUCUAAUGCUACCAGUCACAAGUGGGCUCUUGGAGCUUUGGCUGAGCUUUUGGACAAUUCGCUGGAUGAGGUUUGCAAUGGGGCUACAUAUGUGAACAUUGAUAUGCUAGAGAAUAAGAAAGAUGGAACCAGAAUGUUGCUUGUUGAAGAUAAUGGUGGUGGGAUGGACCCAGAUAAAAUGCGGCAAUGCAUGUCCUUGGGAUAUUCGGCGAAGUCCAAAGUAGCAAGUACUAUUGGACAAUAUGGAAAUGGCUUUAAGACGAGUACCAUGAGACUCGGUGCCGACGUCAUUGUCUUCUCCUGUAGCCGUGCAAAAGGAGGAAGAAGGCCUACACAAAGCAUUGGUAUGCUGUCCUAUACCUUUCUGAGGAGCACUGCCAAAGAAGAUAUUGUAGUUCCAAUGCUUUAUUAUGAGAAAGGACAAACUUGGAAUAAGAUGGUGCAAUCUUCUUUAGCUGAUUGGAGUACAAAUCUAGAAACUAUUUUACAAUGGUCGCCGUAUUCAAGUGAAGCAGAUCUUCUUCAACAGUUUAGUUCGAUGAAAGAUCAAGGGACACGAAUAAUCAUAUACAAUCUAUGGGAGGAUGACCAAGGGCAGCUGGAACUUGAUUUUGAUGUUGAUAAAUAUGAUAUUCAAGUUGGAGGUGUUAACCGCGAUGAGAAAAAGAUUCAAAUGGCCAAACAAUUUCCAAACUCCAGACAUUUUCUAACAUAUAGACAUUCCCUAAGGAGUUAUGCCUCAAUUCUUUAUCUCAGACUUCCUCAUUUCUUCAGAAUGAUUCUGCGUGGCAAAGAAAUUGAACACCACAAUCUUGUAAAUGAUAUGAUGCUAAAACAAGAGGUCACAUACAAGCCACAUCCAGGUGCUGAUGGGGUUCCGAAGGAUCCAAAUAUGGUUGCAGUUGUUACAAUUGGCUUUGUUAAGGAUGCUAAAAAUCACAUUGAUGUUCAGGGAUUUAAUGUCUAUCACAAGAAUCGAUUGAUAAAGCCUUUCUGGAGAGUAUGGAGUGCUGCUGGAAGUGAUGGGCGUGGAGUUAUAGGUGUAUUGGAGGCCAAUUUUGUUGAGCCAGCUCAUGAUAAGCAAGACUUUGAACGGACAACUAUUCUUUCAAGACUAGAAACACGACUAGUUCAGAUGCAGAAAACAUAUUGGUCAACAAAUUGUCAUAGAAUUGGCUAUGCUCCAAGGCGUACUAAAAAACAAACUGACUGUGAAGACAGAGAGAGCUCACCUGAAGCCCCUUCUCAUUCAAUAUCCCAGCAUUCCAAGAAGUAUGCUUCUCCAAAUGGUGUAUCUCACAGAAGCAAACCACAAAAUUCAAUCAAGAUUCAAUCUACGGGCAAGUCUUUUUCAGGAUCAAAUGUCAAGGCAGGGAAUGCCAGAAACUCACCCACUGGUUCGGGUAAAUUGGGCAUUGCACGUUCUUUGUUUUUAAGAGAGCGUAAUGUAAAAAGUGCCGAGAAAGUUGAAAAAGAUAUAAGGUCUCCACUUUCAAAGGCAAAUGGAACACGACACAUAAGCGAUGAUAGUGACCUGGAGAUUGAAUGCGUCCCUUCAAAGAAAACUGUAAAUGAUUCUGGUGGUCCAAAAUGUUCAACAAAUAAUUUAACUAAAGGAAAUCAUGCUGCAAAUGAAGAUGGGGGGAUCAACCAAAUUACUACCAGAUCACAUUCAAAGCUCGCAACAAACUUCAUGUUAUACUUAUAUGAUGGGCAGGCAUCCACUGUCUUAUGUAAUGGAAGUGGACAAGAUCUUGAAGAGUCAGAGCUUAGUAUCAAACAGUUGAAGGAUGAAAACAAAGAGUUGAACAACAGGCUCAAAAGGAUGGAGGAAUCAAUGUUACAAGAACUGCAAUAUGAGAGGGAUAGGAAUAAAUCAUUGAAUGAGCAACUUGAAGCAGCACACCAGAAAUUGGAGGCGGCAAACAAAGAGCAAGAGGCUCUGAUUGAAAUAUUUUCAGAAGAAAGAGGUCGGCGAGACAAAGAGGAGGAAAAUUUGCGGAAGAAGUUAAAGGAUGCUUCUUUAACCAUACAAGAGUUGAUAGAGAAGUUGGGUACUAGCCGGAAGUAAGCACAAGACAUAGGACGUUGGUAAAGGCGAAGAUGAUUGUAUGCCUUCAAAGACACCAAUAUCUUUAUUUGGUGUCAGCAAAUGGAUAUGUCAUGAAGCACCUGCACAUGAUGUUGGAGGGAUCACAUUUUGGUCGUAGAGAUGGCACCAGUAACUGACUGCAGCAAUGGUGGAUACUUUUGACAUUUCUUAUAGUCAACUCUAUGGUGUUGGCUUGCCUUGUAUUGAGAAAUUACAAUCACAUUGUAGCAAGGGAAUUUUCUGAUGCAACUUUAUCUGCUUGUUAUUUACCUUUAUUUGUAUAGCUUAUGCUAUCAAUAGUAACUAGUUGUAACAAUUUUAAAUGUUAGGCUGUAUAGAAAAAAUUAAAUUCAUCUUUUCCUC